GAAUACACAAAGUAAAGACAUUAGUUUGUCAAAUAACGCCAGACACUCUGGAAGUGAUAUAAAAACAGCACAAAUAAAUAGUUGAAAGUAAGAAAUUGUGCAAGGAUCGCAAAAUAUGGCGUUGAUUUAUUUAAAUAAAGAACUGAUACUUCAAACGGAUGAAGAAAAGUGUUGUGCGAUCAAGCAUUUAAUUUCACAACAAUUUGAGAACUUAUUACCAAGUGAGAUAUAUCUCGAACAGAAUGGACGUCGUUUAAUGCAAGGGGAUAUCAUUUCUGGCGUAGCACACUGUCGUUUGCGGAUCUUCGGUGGAAAAGGUGGUUUUGGUUCCAUGCUGCGAGCUAUCGGAGCACAAAUCGAGAAGACUACGAACAGGGAGGCUUGUCGAGAUUUAAGUGGACGUCGUUUACGAGAUAUUAAUGAAGAAAAGCGUGUAAAAGCAGUGUUGGAGAAAAUGGGAGAUUUAGAACGAGAAUCACAAGAACGCAAAAAGAGAAAAAUUGAAAAAUUACUUUCAGUUCCAAAGCAUGAUUUUAAGGAUGUAGAGUAUGAAGAGGCAAGAGCUAAGCUCGCUGAUAAAGUAAAUAGUGCGGUUGAAGAAGGCCUGAAAAAUAGCAUCGAUAGCAAAGCAAGUUGUAGUGGAGCAUCGUUAAAACGUAAGACCGCCAAUCCUAUUUUAGGUGCUAAGAAAAAGAAAACGGCUUUAUGGAUAGAUGACGAUGUUUUAGAUUCAGAUGAAAGUGCAAGUGAAGAAUCUUCCGACGAAUCUCCAGUACAAGAAAAAAUUUUGGAAAACUCCGAGUCAGCGCUGAAAGCCGUUCAACAGAAUACUGAAUCAAAUUUAAAUGUUUAAAUAGUUAAAGUACAUAAAAGGUCCAUCAAUGUAUAUUUGAAUUUUAUAUAAUUAUAUGAACUAUUACAAAUAAAGAGUAAUAAGCAAGUUGUAGCGGCACACCGUUAAACGUAGAUGCUAAGAAAAAGAAAA